AUGGUUUUAAAGAAUAAUUUGGAAAAAUCCUUAAAAAAUUUGGAAAUGAGAGGAGAGUUAAGGAAAGAAAAGGUUGGAGAGCGAGAAGAAGAAACCAAGGCCAAUAUGAAUAAUUUGGAAGAAAAGGUUAGAGAACGAGAAGAAGAAACCAAAGAAAUUAUUAAAAAUUUAGAAGAAGAGGCCAAAGCCAAGCGAGUAAUUAUUAAUAAUUUAGAAGAAAAGGUUAGAGAACGAGAAGAACUAGAGCGUGACAGCUUAUGCUAUUCUUAUGAUAAUUUAUGUCAAUCUUGA